UUCCAUUUCCUCUAGCCAGUAACCAUUGUUACCUGAGCAUGUUCAGACGUCGGUGGGCUGUUGUUGUUUUUAAAUCUUUUCCCUUUUAGGUUCCCCCACCCCCAUUAAGAUGUAAUUUGUUUUACUUCUGCAAGCGUUGGGAUUUCCUUGAGGCAGCUGGUACAUCCCUGCACAGAUUGUGCCAGUUUGGCUAAAAAAGGAACAGCCAGUGAUGCAGUUAGAGAUGAAUCUCAGGACCAAAGUCCAGGUCCCAACAGAACAAGACUCUCCCCAAAAUAACCAUCCUGAGACUGGCAGGUGAUGAAGGCAGUGGCAAACAGAACUGGGCUGACCAUAGUCAACAAAACAUCUUUUCUAUUUAAACUAAAUAAAUAAAUGUUUGGGCAGAAAGGGGAAAAUGGCCAGACGUGAAUAUGGUUAUAGAUGCUAUAACUUUACAAAUAUAUUAUCCUUUUCUACAACAAAAUGAAGUUUAUUCCCAAGUGAUCUGCUUAGAAUCAGGGAAGAAGAUGCAAACUCCAUUUUAUUCUUGCAAUCAAGAGGGUUACGUAACUGGGUUUAAAGUGUGAAAAUGUUUUGAGGGGGAGUAUUUUUUUAAAAUAGUUGGGAAAUCAUGGAAUGUUUGCUUUGUUUUUCUUCUUUUGCUCUAAUAUAUUGGGAAUGUAUAACAAGUUGUAAAGCAUGGAAUAUGAAGGUCUGAGGGGGCGGGGGGAGUAAUCCAAGAUCCAGGUAACUUGAAAGAUUGUAUUGCCCCACAUGACUCUGCUCAUGUUUUGAGAUCUUUUGGGGAGGGUCUUCUCUUUUUAUCACCACCUUCACAGAUGGGAACAUGGGAGAGAGGACCUCUUCGGUAGCUGCCCACAGGCUCUGAGACUCCUUUUCCAGACAGCCAGACUGGCAUCCUCCUUGCUAUCUUUCCACAAGCAGGUGGGAGACCUGCCUGUGGCCAGAGCUCAUCCAGAUAACCUGGACGUUCCAGGGAAUAUGAAGAAAUACAAUGAGCUGCUAACUAUAAAAAAUGUGGUAAUGGCAACUACAGGAGCUACAGCCAUCUAUCUGGUAUCCAAGAGUCUCCUAGCAAUGUUCCAAAGUCCACCCUACAACCCGGAGCCAUUCAGCUUAGCUAGACUUUCUGUUGAGUACUACCCAAUUUCAUCUGCAAGAGUGAACGUUCCUGGAGAACUCAGGAGGCUCCUACAAGCCCUCACCGCAAACCUUGAUGAUGACUCCAAGAGAACAACACUUCAUAACAUCACUCAGUAUAUUUAUCUGAGGGAAUCAGAGGCCAAUUCCUGCACCAACGACGAUAUUAAACUGAUAGCAUCAUUCCUGGAUGAUGGAGAUAAAGCCACCAAAACAGAGGCACUGAAUGCCCUCAAAGCUUUCACUAUCAUCUGGAGGUUUAAAAUUAAAAUCCAGGAAUAUGUCCCCAAAAUUGCUGAGCUCGUAACAAGCAACUGGGACACCAAUCUGCAGGUGGCAGGAUUGAGGCUCCUGAAUGGACUGCAUAUACCAGAUAACACUCACUCGUUGCUGAGAAAUUUGCUACCACAUUUCUUCGAUAUUUUGCUCAUGGCAAAUACUUUGGCCAAGGUGCAGGUUCUCAGGUUUCUCAGCACAUUAGCCCAAGAGGAAGACCUGCUGUACGAUAUCAUGAACUGUCGGGCCCCUCCUGAAUUCCUGAGCCUUUUCCAGCCUUCUCUGCCUGGGAACCUACUUUGUGAGUUGCUAAUCUUUGUGGAGCGGCUUAGUGCCGGGCGCCUGUCACCCCAGUACCAGUCAGUGCAGUGGCAGUACAAUGACAACUCUCUUCAUGAAGUCAUCUUUGGGGACACCUCCCGUCUCUCUGACCGCUUGUUGGCUCUCAUCAUUCACCCAGAGGAAGAAGUGCAGGCCCAGGCCUGCAAAGUCAUCCUCAGCCUCCGGCUCAACAAGGAAGAGAGUCGUGUCAUAAGUGGACUCCCCUUUGGGGCCAACAUCAGUGUCCAUCCUCUGGAAUCAACAAGAGCUAGCCAGGCCGAUACCUCCAGCCUCAGCAACCACCCUCUUUUUUCCAGCAUCCACUCCGCUGAUAUCCAGGGGGAUGAUAGCCACAUCGGCAGUGCCCAUGAUGAGAGCAACCGCAGUUUUUACCCCCUUCAAGGCACAGAUGAAACUGGUCACAGCUUCUAUCCCCUUGAGAGAGCUGACCUCAGUUUCCACCCCAGUAUCCACACAAGUGGACGGGUCCUUGAGGAUGACUCCAGAGGCAGCUUUCAUCCAAUUGGUAACUUGGAUGACAUUAACAGUGACUGCAUUUAAGAACUCAGUUUAUAGCGAGGGAAAGAAAGGAAUAAUAAAGGAAUUGGAGAAGAGGUGACAGAACCACUUAUUGCUGGUCUCCAUGCCAGAAAAAGGUCUAAUUUCACCCAGCUGUGAAAGAGUUCAAAAUUUUUGAUUCUAUUUAAACAGGAAAGCCCUUGACCCAAAGAGCUUUAGAGUUCUGUUUCUUUCUCUAUUUCAUUGCGCACUGAUCUGCUACCUACUUACCAGUGCCAGAUUUAUCCACAGGCCAAGUACACCAUAGUUUAAACUCUCAGUUUAUGAUAGGCCUUUUAAUUUAAAAAUAAUGAAACCAAAAAGACCUCCCCACCACCAAUACCACUUGCUGAAAUAACAUUUUUGUCUAGUGCUGUUGGCCUCUUAAACUGGGCAUAGAGUCCUGCAGAGACAGGCAACAUUGCCAGUGGUGGGGGCCAAUUUUCAUUCCCACUGGUGGGAAUAGGCAUAUUUUUUACUAACUCAGAAGUGACAUGACAUCAGCUGGUUUGGGAAGCAUAGGGCAAAAUAAGCAAAACUACCACAUUUGAAGAUGGUUUUGUAAUUUUUUGCACAAUUUAGGUUUGUUUGUUUUUUUAAAAAAACACCCUUUUUAUUUUAGAGGUGCUAGGUGCUUUGGAGGUAUCUGUGGUAGAAUUCAAAGAUAUAGCCAUGUUAGUCUGUAGAAUCAGUACGUAGAGAGGUCUUGUAACACUUUUGAGACUUACUGAAAGAAAGAAGUUGGCAGCAUGAGCUUUCCUAGACUGCAUCUGAGGAAGCAGACUUUCCAUUUCAAAGAUGCUACACGAUCUCUCUACAUAUUGGCAUCUGAGGAGUGUGUUUUCCACAUUCCUAGAUAAAUUCUUAAACAUGGCAUAAUCUCUUGCUUAUGCUGAUCAUAUUCUCUUUGCUGUACAUGCAGAAUUUCCUCAGUUUGGUUGCUCGAAUUCAAAGUUGAGUCUAAACACUAAAAAGUUGUCUCAUUCAAAAUGUCUGUGAACCUGUAUGCAAAAUUGUCCCUCAAGGUGUGCCUGUGCCCAAAGGUCUUCAUGUUUAAGUUAGAAUGAGAAGACAGAAGACUACAGUGUAUCAAACAUGGUGACAUUUUCUGCAGCAGCAUCAAAUGUUUGUUGGGACAACUAGUAAGUAGGAAGGAUGUCCUCUUUUAUAUUCACACUCAGUGUGGUAGCAAAGAAGACAAAAAGCAUAACAUCAGAGUAAAUGGCUGUAAUAUGAACCAGGUAUAAGAAACCUGAUGCUUUCUAAUGCUUUUACCAUGUGUCAGUUGAAAAGCCUUUAUCUCAGACACAGGGUAGAAUAGUGGACGGUUAGAGAGGAGAAAGCACUAGUUUCCCUUCUUUUAUCUGUAGAUUCUCUUCUUAGCAAAGCUGAGAUAAGGGAACAGGCAGUCCAGACCAGCAUUUCCAAACGCAGUGACUCCUAGAUUUGUUGUACUACAAUGCUCACCAUACCCAAUAGCAAAACAUUCUGGAUGCAGGGUGAUAGAAAUUGUAGUUCAACACAUCUAGAAGGCACUUAAUUUGCUAUGGCUGGCCUAGAUAUUUAAAUAUACCAGAGCACUAGUUCAUAAUCCUCCCCCCCCCUCAAAAAAAAAUGGGACUAGGAAGUACAGACAGGCAGGCUGAGUGUAUGUAUAAGAAUGUAUUGAGAAAAUGAUAAGAAUGUGGAAUGUGCCUAUGUAAAGGUUCCCAGGAGGCCGAAUAAGGGGUAUGUUUGGAAGUAUUUCCAGCAUAAGCAAAUAGAUGGGUAGGAUUGGUGGAGGUGGGGGUAUGAUGAUAUCCUUGACUUUGUUUGGAAAACUCUGAAUGCAUAUUGGAAUACUUUUGGGUUGGAAACAAUAACAGCCACAAAACUGAUGGAACUAGCUGAGCUUAUGCAUCUU